GUGUGUGUUUCAAAAAAAGAUAACGUUUAUGUGUGGAAAGGAUAGAAUAUGUGAGAGCAUUAGUGUGAGUGCCCAUGGAUGCUCUCCUCCCCUUCCACCCAGCAAGGAUGACGGGGACGAUUCUUUCCUCAGGACUGCGUCAUCUUUCGGCUGCGACGCCCACCGCUUUGAUCACAGUGGCGCAGGUGCAUAUGUUGGUCACCGAAGCAACACUUUGGCCUGGUCGCCACGGCGACCCAGCACAGAAUGUGGUUGGAGUGGCGGACGUCGCCAAGGAAGACGCACAGCAGGCACCACGCCGGCACGUUGGUCGACAUCAUGCCCGAGCUGGGACACGUCACGGUCCACUUCCUGUACAUUGACCUCGUGUGCACCAAAUGGUGCGUCUUCCAGAACUGGAUGAAGCUAGGAACACUGCAUCACGUGCACCACGUGGUGGCCCGGGUGCACCUGCAGUGGGCUGGAUUCGAUGUGGGGGGCGCCGACGAGCAAGUGCUGCGCUAUUGGUUCAGCGUGCUGCAGGGGCUGCAAGCCACCGGGCUGCGGCUGGUGCACAGCAGCAGCGGCGAGGGACGCCGAGGGCUAAAACGUGAUGGCGGCAACGCCCGCAGCUUUUACACGCUUAGCUUCGUCAACACCAGACAAUGACGUCCGUCAGCUCAUUGUACGUUUCAUUAGGUAUGCAAAAAAAUAAUUCUGAAAAGCUCUCAUUUGGCCUCAAAUGAGUAUUCGUUAUUUUAAAAGCCUAGAGAAAUAACACAUUCAUUUUUUUUUUUAACUUCAUGAAUUUCGGGUGUUUACAUUUUUUUGUAUUUUGGC